AUGGAUGUCAACGAGUGUGCUUCACAUCCAUGUGCCUAUGGUGCUACUUGUAUUGAUCGUGUUGGCGCUUAUGAAUGUAUAUGUCCAGAAAGACAAUAUGGACAACAUUGUGAAGAGGUGAUUAUUGAAACAGAACCAAAACCACCAGCUUAUGUCAACGAGUGUGCUUCACAUCCAUGUGCCUAUGAUGCUACUUGUAUUGAUCGUGUUGGCGCUUAUGAAUGUAUAUGCCCAGAAAGACGAUAUGGACAACAUUGUGAAGAGGUGAUUAUUGAAACAGAACCAAAACCACCAGCUUGUAAUUUUUAUAGUUGA